AUGGUGCCUUACGAGACCGCCGCCGCAGCUCCUCCAAUUCCAAUCGGCAACCCGCCGGCGAGUUCUUCGUCGUCCUCCUCCACCACCAUCAUCCCCAAGCCUCCAGAAAUCGAUGGCCUCCUCGCCGGAGCCGGCUACAAGGUCCGCUCCUCCGACCUCCGCCACGUCGCCCAGCGGCUGGAGCGGCUCGAGACCGCCAUGCUCAACUCCCCCUCACAGCAGCUCUCGCUCCUCGCCUCCGACGCCGUUCUCUACAACCCUUCCGAUCUCUCCACCUGGGUCGACUCGUUGCUCUCCGAGUUGAACCAGUCCCAGUCCCUCCCUUCUCUACCGUCCGAUCUCUCGGAUCUCAUGUCUAAUCCUACGGCUCUGGAUGGCUCCUGGAUGGAUCAACAACUGCCGCCCCCGACGGCGGCGGUUCACAAUCAGCAGCCGCCGCAAUUGACGGUGGUGACGGCCGUGGAGGAGGAUUCCGGGAUAAGGCUGGUCCACAUGCUGAUGACGUGCGCGGAGUACGUCCAACGUGGCGAGCUGGCAUUGGCCGGGUCGUUGAUCCAGGAUAUGCAGUCCCUGUUGACCCGGGUCAACACCGGCUGCGGCAUCGGGAAAGUCGCCGGGUACUUCAUCGACGCGCUGGGCCGGCGGGUGUUCGCCGCCGGAGGCGGCGGCGGAGUCCCGGGGGGCUCGGCUUACGAGAACGAGAUUCUCUACCACCAUUUCUACGAGGCAUGUCCGUACCUGAAGUUCGCCCACUUUACAGCUAAUCAGGCGAUCCUCGAGGCAUUCGACGGCCACGAUUGCGUCCACGUGGUGGACUUCAACCUGAUGCACGGCCUCCAGUGGCCGGCCCUGAUCCAGGCCCUGGCCCUCCGGCCCGGUGGGCCCCCGCUCCUCAGGCUCACGGGCAUCGGCCCACCAUCCCCCGACGGGCGCGACUCGCUCCGCGAGAUUGGACUCCGGCUCGCCGAGCUGGCCCGAUCCGUCAACGUCCGGUUCGCGUUCCGCGGCGUCGCCGCGGCCCGGCUCGAGGACGUAAAGCCGUGGAUGCUCCAGGUGAACCCCAAAGAAGCCGUGGCGGUGAACUCCAUCAUGCAGCUCCACAAGCUAUUGGGCCCGGGCUCGCCCGGCGACCCGGCCCGGCCCGCGCCGAUCGACGCGGUCCUAGGCUGGAUCAGGUCGCUCAACCCGAAAAUCAUGACCGUCGUCGAGCAGGAAUCGAACCACAACCAGCCGGCGUUUCUCGACAGGUUCACCGAAUCGCUGUACUACUACUCGACGAUGUUCGAUUCCCUCGACGCCUGCGCUCUCCAGCCGGAGAAGGCGCUGGCGGAGAUGUACAUUCAGAGGGAGAUUUGCAACGUGGUGAGCUGCGAGGGGUCGGCCCGGCUCGAGCGGCACGAGCCGCUGGCCAAUUGGAGGGAGCGGCUCACCCGAGCCGGGUUCAGGCCGCUCCAUUUGGGGUCCAACGCGUUCAAGCAGGCGAGCAUGUUGCUGACUCUGUUCUCCGCCGAGGGAUACUGCGUCGAGGAGAACGAAGGUUGCUUGACUCUCGGUUGGCACAGCCGGCCGCUCAUCGCCGCCUCGGCUUGGCACGCCGUGGCCGAAACCGCCGCCGGCGCCGUUUCCGAUGUCCCGGUGGUUGGUGGGGUUGUGCUGUAA